AUGGCUCCUGGAAGAACUAACUUCAGUUCUCAUGAAUUUCCUAUGGCUAGUGGAGCAAGCCCUUUCAGCUAUCGAACAAAUUCCGCCUAUCAGAGACGUGUUGUUCGUGCUACGAAGCAACUGAUGCAUGCAGUGGUGAUGGAAAAACUUCAAGUCGAAAAUGGAUCUAUUUUUCAGAUAACUGAUAUGGGUUGUUCAAUCGGACCAAACACAUUCAUUUCAGUUAAAAACAUUGUUGAAUCAGUGGAAUUGAAGUUCAAAUUAAUGAACACUCAGGAAAAACAUAUUCAAGUUUUGUUUAACGAUCAUGCUUAUAACGAUUUCAAUACCCUUUUCGCAUCUCUACCAUCAGACAAAUCAUAUUAUGCUCAUGCUGCAAUCGGUUCUUUCUAUGAUCGUGUUUUUCCAGAUAAAUCCAUCCAUAUCGUCAACUGUUCAUAUGGUCUCCAUUUUCUUUCUAGAGUUCCAAAUAAUGUCGAAAAUAGAGAAUCAGUUGCUUGGAACAAAGGGAAAGUUUAUUAUUCACAUAGUAAAGAAGAGGUGAUUAGUGAAUAUUCAAAACAAUAUGAAAAAGAUAUGGAAUGUUUUUUGAAUGCUAGAGCACAAGAAGUUGUACCUGGUGGAUUAGUGUUUAUUACUGUUCCAGCUCGUCCAAAUGGAACUCCUCACUCUAAAGUUAUUUACAAUAUGUUAGCUGACAUAUUGGGAUCUUGUUUUCUCCACUUGGUCAAGCAGGGUGAUAUUGAGGAAGAGGAAGUGGAUUCAUUCAAUAUACCAGUGUAUAUUACAUCUCCAAUUGAAGUAGAAGAGGCAAUUAAAAGAAAUGGAAGUUUUAGCAUUGAAAAACUAGAGAUUCUUUCAAAGGAAACAUCACCAAUCAAUGGUUUAACAGCUAAAGAUGCAUCAGUACACAUAAGGGCUAUAACUGAAGGACUAAUUGAAGAAAAAUUUGGAACAAAAAUAUUGGACAAAUUGUUUCAACUUCAUGAACAAAAACUUGAGGAUGCAUAUCUUGACUUGAUUUCUGGUGAAGCAAUAAGUUUAUUCAUAGCUCUUAAACGCAAGACAAACCUCUAA